AUGCCCAACGCAACACCCACGUCUUCUCGUAAGAAAGAUAAAAGAAAGUCUUUAGAAGUUACUACUGAAAAAGAUUUCUCCCUUGUACGUCAAGAAACGCUCUCUCCAAUUACGCCGGCCGGUGAAUCGAGCCUUGAGAACAAAAACCCAUAUAUUGACGUGCUUACUAAAAGAGUUAAAAAAUUGAGAAAAGCCAUGACGAGAAUUGAAAAAUAUGAAAGCAUAAAAAAUACUCCAGAUGGCAUAAAUAAUUUGAAUGCUGAUCAAAUUAAUUUACUUGAGAGAAAGGGUGAAACUAGUGGUGCUAUCAAAGAAUUUGACGAAGCACUCAAGCAAAUAGAAAGUGUUGAAAAAGAAGAACUUAAGAAACAAGUUGAACAAAAAAAGGCACAGCAAUCGGAGCGCGAUCAAGCCAUUGCCAAUGCUGUUGAAGAAGCAACGGCUGCGCAUUGUAAAUCCUUACUACGACUCAUCCAAUUUUUCAACCUUAUUCACUUACAACAUCGUGGUUUCAUUAAAUUGUCAGAAAUUGAAUUCGAGGGCGUUGAAUUUCUUCGUUCUAAACUUAUAUCUUUGACUGAUGAUGCAAAGAACGAAGAACUUUAUGAAGGAAAAAUUCGAGAGGUCUUGGAUCUUGUCAACAAAUUACAAUUAGGUGAUGAGAGCUUGAUUACAAAAUCAUUACUAAAUGGUGUUAAUGAAUCAGAAGAAACUGCAGCGAAUAAUGAAUCUUCCACCCAUGAUUCUAAAUUACUUGCAUUGACUCAAAGCCCACCGAUACUAGAAUCUCCUGAAGAACCGCAGGUUGAACAGGAAGAAAUACAAGAGGCAUUUGAAGAAGUUCCUGCUCCCCAUCCUAUCCUUCAAUCUGAUGAUUCUACCAAUGUGACUAUACCAGCAGGUGGAUUGCAAUUUAUGUAUAAUCCUGAUGAUCAAUCACAACCUCUAGAAAGCACAAUCAAUAGUACUACAUACACUUAUCAGAGUACAGAUGCAGAACAAAUUCCAGUAGCUCCAUCUACUAGUGAUGUAAUGGCAGAUGAACAAUAUCAUCAGCAACAGCAGAAUUAUGAUACAUCUACGGUGGAACAACCAUACAUAGGGGAACAACAACAUUUUGUCGUAGAACAAAAUGAUCAACAGCAGGUUUCUACGGAACAUAACGAAUCAUCUCAACAAGAGGAGCCAUCACUUUAUGCACAAGAACAACAAACUGUUUCAGAAGAUCUAGCGGAUUCAAAACAACAACCACAGUCAAUUCAACAAGAUAAUGACCAACCACCACCGUUAUCACAAGGUUCUAGUGGAUUCAGAGGUAGAGCACCUCAUCGCAAUAAUCGUGGAUUUAGAGGGGUUCGAAGAGACUCAGGUGGUUAUAGAGACAAUAAUUAUCGUGAUGGUGGUUAUCGAGAUGGUCGCGAUGGUGGUGGUUAUCGUGAAAAUUACCGUGAUGGCGGAUACCGAGAAGGUGGAUAUCGUGAUGGAUAUCGUGAUGGAGGAGGCUUCCGUGGACGUGGUACAGGUCCCCGCGGUGGUGGAAGAGGUGCUUACUCAGGAGGAAACCGUGGAGGUCAGUUUAGACAACGUUCUCAAUAA